AUGGAGGAGACGGUGCCCGCAGUGGAAGCCUACGAGGCGGCCAUGGUGCUGAGCGGGGUGGGGGAUGCGCUGGGGUACCGUGCAGGCCGCUGGGAAUACUGCACCUCCGGCCCCCAGAUCCACGCUGAGCUGGCCCAGCUGGGGGGGCUGGCAGCCAUCACCCUCGAGCCCCCGGAGUGGCCUGUCAGCGAUGACACCGUCCUGCACCUCGCCACCGCYGAGGGCCUGGCCACAGGCCUGGAGGGGGAACCCCUCCUGCAGGAGCUGGCCCACCGCUAUGUGGCUGCCAUGGGGGACAUGGAGGGACGCAAGCCCGGACCCAGCAGCAUCCUAGGCACCUCACAGCUGCGACCAGGGGAGCCCGAGGGUUACCGCAUCCCCUUCAACCCCUCCGGCACUGGCUGCGGGGCAGCCAUGCGCAGCCUGGCCAUCGGCCUCAGGUACCCGCAUGCCUGGGAGCUGCCGACUCUGAUCCGGGUGAGCAUCGAGAGCGGGCGCAUGACCCACCACCACCCCACUGGGUACCUUGGAGCACUGGCAGUGGCCCUCUUUGGGGCACUGGGGAUUCGAGGGGAGCCCCCAGAGYGCUGGGGGGCUGAGCUGCUGCGGGUGCUGCCCCUGGCCUGGGACUACGUGGAGAGCACCAAGGUGGCCGUGGAGGACAAUGCUGCUGCCUGGCCGUUCUUUGGGGAGGCGUGGCACCGGUACCUGGACUCUCGUGGGCUCCUGGAUGGUCGUGGCCCGCCGCAGGUUCCAUCCCUCCCCUCCCCAGCUGAGCGGGACACAGAGUAUCUAGGCUGGGCACUGGAUGGAUGGGCAGGGCGUAGUGGCCAUGACGCACCCAUGGUGGCCUUGGAGGCCCUGCUGGCAGCUGGUGGGUGCUGGGAAGACCUGUGUGCCAGGGCAGUGCUGCAUGGYGGGGACAGUGACUCGACAGGGACCAUUGCUGCUGGGUGCUGGGGGCUGCAGCAUGGGCUCACGUCCAUCCCCCCAGGGCUGCACUGCCRUCUGGAGCACCGCAGGCGGCUGCGGGAUGCUGCCCACCAGCUGCACGCGCUGGCCUGGGGGGGACGAUGAGCCCCGCUCUGUCCCUGGUAUCACUGACUGUCCCUCUCAAAGGAAAGCUCCUGUGGGUUGCCAGGAGGGGCUUGGGAGUCAACAGGCCUGAGGGUAGCCUUGGAGACCCUUGGGUGAAGAAGGGYCCUUCAAUGUGUGUUGGGGUCCAAGGCAAGCCCCAGGGAGACCACCACAGCUGUGUCCAGUUGGCCUUUUAGUCCUCCCCAUUUASAGACCCCAGAACCUGCCCAAGGAACUUCAGUCACCCCCACAG